AUGCUCCACGGGUGGAUGGGUAUGGGUGUGGGAUCAGAAGCAGCAGCAGCUACAGCGGUUAUCAUCGCUAUUUCUGCAUCAGUUCAUCAGCCACCACAUCCCAUUGAAUUUAAAGCUGAUCGUCCAUUUUUAUUCUUCAUUCGUGAAAGUCGACAAAAUAUUGUCUUAUUUAGUGGCAGAUUUAUUUCACCACCAACAAAGUCAUAA